AGAGUCAGCGCGCGCGAGAUAGAGAGAGAAACGGAGGGAAUCUCUGCUUUACACUCAUUUGGACAGAGCUCAGAGCGCGGAUCGUUUCGGCGCAGGGAAAAAGCAUCUGCGAUCGGACAUCCAGCAAAUUUUUAUAUAUAUGAGGGAGUUGACCGGUCAAUUGAAGACACGCGCGCACUUCAAUUGAAAUCACAACAAUACUCAGAUUUAAAAGUACCACAUUACUGAAUUAGCACUAUAAUGUUUAUUUUUACAUCACUCUACAGACGUGACUUUUGGAGGGUGUUUGAGAGGACAUUACCUCAGUUGUAGUGUUUUAUUGGAUAUAAACAAUGCUAAACGUUUGAGUCUGUGGGACUGAACAAUCCUGGCAACUCCAGAGCAACAUUCAGUAACAUCCGUCUGGGCUGGAGAGCAGGUGCUUGUCUCUUCUUGAAGAGGAAAACAGACAGAGGAUGUGACAGAAGUGUGAACAGUGUUUCCGAUUUGCACUAACAGCAGAUUCUUAUUUUAUCGGCGUGUCCUCGUAACGACGUCCAGUACUGACUGAAGCGAGCGGACCGGCGAUCACAGACCGUCCUCUGCCUACUUCCACUCGGUGUAACCCCUGCGAGAUAAUCUCCAAAGUAACUUGCUCGCCUGGCCGUCCCUGGAGCCCGCUCAUGGGUGACGCUGGACCGGAUGGCGUGCUACUAUCUUGUGAUCAGCUCCACGCACCUAAGCAAUGGACACUACCGGAGCAUCAAAGGAGUUUUCCGGGGUCCGCUUUGCAAAAGCACCGGAGGCGAAUCACCGGACUAUGCUAAGAAAGAGAAAGCCAUUGCAAAAGCCCUGGGGGAUUUGAAGGCUAACUUCUAUUGUGAACUAUGCGACAAGCAGUACCAUAAACAUCAGGAGUUUGACAACCACAUCAACUCAUAUGACCACGCACAUAAACAGAGGCUGAAAGAGUUGAAGCAGAGAGAAUUUGCACGUAAUGUCUCCUCCAAGUCCUGGAAAGAUGAGAAAAAGCAGAAAAGAGCUCUGAAACGACUGCACCAGCUUGCACAACUCAAACAGCAAAGAGACAGUGAUGACAGGAAAGGUCCAAAGUUAAGGUCUACAAACAAGAAUAAGGAUCCAGUUCAAAUCCUUUCUGCUGGCAAUAGCAAGUUUGACACAAAACCAACAGCAUCCUUGGUUCAAAACUUAACUACUAUCUCCACAAACACCUCAUUGAAGGGCUUGUCCUCCACUCGUGUGCCCACACAUCAGCAGCCAUGCCACGAAAAACACCCCUUACCAACAAAAUCCUCUGCAGGACACCGGAGCCCCAGAGCAGGUGUCUCAUUCUGUUUCUCCAGACGAGCUCAACUAAAGCUGGACUCCUGUGCAUCUGUGUUCAGUGAUGGGCUUGAGGAGGCCAGUGACUAUCAAGAGCUCCAGCGCAACAAGCACAGACUCGCCCUGGAGGCCCUUUGGUCUUGCUCGAGCUCACCCAGAACCCCAAAUAAUGAUGACCCUGAUCUGUCCCAUGAUCCACCGACUCUGGGCUGGGUGGAUGGAGACUCUCAAACACCUCAAAUGGAAGCACAAGCAAAACAUGUGGAGAGCCCUGAAAUUCAGGCAAACUACAGCACAAGUCAGCCAGAGAAGCUAGGGUGUCCUGACACACACAGUCCUGGAGCAGACUGGAAGCCAGCUGGUUCAGAGGACAGAUUGCUUAAUGGGGGGCAGAGGCCCAGGGCAGAGGGGGCUUAUGGGGGAUCAGAGGAGAGAGAAUGCCUCAAGUGCCCCGGCCCUACUGUUUACACAGAUGGACAGGGUACCAUGGCCCAAGGCCAACUUCAAAUACACAAAGGCUCACACCACCAUACACAGAAAAGCAGCGAACAGGGUAUUAUGCAGAAUGGGAAGGACUGUAUAUCUGAAAAAGAGACAGAGGAGUAUAAAAUACACAGAGUGUACAAGAAUGAACAUACAGGUUCUUUCCUUAACGUAGUCAGCAAGGAUGGAAGUAUGACAAAAUGGCCUUUUGAGCUGGUGCAGUACACUUCCGACGAGCCACGCGUAUCUUACAGCUGUAACCCUCUCUACUAUCAUUUAAAACACAAGGAGGGCAAAGAUAAAAGCACAAAGGCUGAUGGGACAAAUCUUGGUGUUGUUGACAAGCUCGCAGGCCAGAAUGACAGAGCUAGACCACAAACACAGGAUGUUCCAGGAGAUAAAUUAGGCAUUUUAAAACCAAAGAAACCCAAACACAGGAGAAAGGGAAAAAAACAUAGGCAUAAAUUAGAUGCUGUCAAGAUCCGGCAGGCGGGAUGCGCAUUCAAAACAUGCUCGCAGACAGAAGCUGGAGGACACUUUGAAUUCCAAUGCACUCCAACCGACAUGUCACUAAACAAGCAAGCGUGCACUGAGAGGAGGCACAAGCUGGGGAAGAGGAAAAGAUCAGUGAGAGAUGAGACUUCAAAUGAAAGUGACACCCCAGAGCACAGCCUCAAAAGCAUUGUUGUAAGCUCGCUUUCCGCCCCGGCACGUAAAAGGAAGAAAUGUCAAACGAUGAGGGGGCUUGUGUCAGCGCUGCGCUUGGUAAGGCGGAGGCCUUUGCCAUAUUCUGUUCACAACACAAAAGGAAGAGAGGAUAAUUAUCGCUGGUAUGACAACACCUAUGAGUCAAAGAGGGAUGCUGUCUCAACUCCCACCAGUGACAAAUCUGGGUCGUGGAGUGGCCUGUCAGACUUGACCUCAGAUGGAGAAUGGCCUGUGUAUCACAUGGGGAGAUGCUCCACCUCACCAAGAUCAAACUAUAUAUUGAGAAAGGAGCACAGUCAGCCCAGGUCUUGCAUUAGAAGUAACUCUCACAAUGUUCCUCACUACAGUUAUAGUCCAUGCAGAGAUUUUGAACAUACAGGAGACAAUUGGGAUUACACAGACUCUUACAUCUACAAUAAACGGAAAUAUUCAACAGAUUAUAACAGCCCAGAGCAGCAUGAGAGACACAGCAUCAGAAGGCACAAAAAAAUUGUUGAGGAGCAUAAACAUAGAGAGCACAGAAUUCAACAUACAGGCAGGCAGUUAUUUUAUAGAGUCUAUGACAGUCCUGAACCUCAAGAGGAUGUCAGGGAUUGGUGGUACGAAAGACUUAGCCCUGUAGGUAGGAGAUACCGGGAGAGGGAAGAAUUUCCUUGGUCAAGUCCAGAAAGAAGUGAAGACAGGUGGUAUAACAAGCCAGUGUCCAUUCGUAGCCCCAGUUCCUCUAGUAGCAUUAGCAUCUCUGAUCUUAGUGGGGACUGGUUGUCUAAUUCCCAUAUUAGGCCAUCUCCAACUGGACAGAGCCAGAAACAUUGCAGUCAUUCCGGGUGGCCAUCCGAGAGAUUGGUCAAGACCAAAUCAUCCCAUUCUCCUCUUAGAAAGAGGAGUCACUCACCCCCAUUAGCUACAAGUAACCAUGCAGCUCAGCCUAAUUCCUUAAAAACAGGUGUAGGGAAGGAAGAUGUUACACACAAAUCUAACCCAGUGCCAUCUGACCAGUUGGUUGAGAAGGAUCCUAAAGUAAAGAAAGCAAAUGUCACUCUCUCACUUCCGCUAAUUGGCAAAUUACCCUCUAUUAAGAAAGGGGCAAGAAAAAUAGGGAAAAAUAAAGAUGCAAGUGCCAGUAUUAGUAACCAGGUUCAAACAUCUUCAACUGUCCCAUCAAAUCAACAAGUUAUACCUCAAAUUGACAGCAAGACUCUAGAACACUUACAACACACAGAUGGGCAAAAUCCCAGCGCAUCCCAUGCUUGUCUUGAAAUUGCCAAGGAGAAUAGAUCAACAGAAACCGGUUCUGCUUUAGCUCUGGAUCCAGACAAUACUUUGUCACAAAAACUUAACUUCAGAGACCAAGCGGACAAUGCAGAAAUUGCAGGGAUUCACUGUCCAAAAUGCACCACCCCUCCCCUUUCUGAGCAACCAAUCACCUUCACUGAUGAUGAGAUUGAGAAGUACAAAUUGCUUCAACUCCAGGCCCAGCAGCAUAUGCAGCAGCAGCAGCAUCUUCAAGAGCAAGUAUCUGUGGACAUGACCCAUUUAUCAGUACCAUCUCCAGAGCCGCCUGACCAGACUACACUUUCAGCCUGUCUACCAUACAACAUACUCCAGCCCUCUUCUCCACCCUCUUCUAUUGCUCCUCACUCUUCGCCUGUUGCCCUGUUACCGCCCCUUCAUCCCUCCCUCUCUCAACCCCAAUUUGCCCCUGCAAUUCCUGCUGCCUUCUUUCCAGUGCCGCCUGCUACUGUGUUGGCAGCUCAACCCCUCCACCUGAUCCCAGCCUCAUCCUUCCACCCAGUUCACCCUCACCAUCAUGUUUCUGGGUUGACUCUCCACCCCCUGCCUCCCACUUCUCUGCUCCCCGCGAUGCUCAGUCCAAUGCCCAUGGCUGCCGCUGCUGCUGCUGCUGUUGCUGCUGCCAGCACUCUGCAGAUCCACCCCCUACUACACCCUCUGUUCCACAGCCAGGACCUUCAGCGCCACCCUGGACCAACCAGCUAGCUCUGGUCAGAAUGAGAGGGGAAAGGAGAAUAAGAAAGAAUAUAGUUCUGACAUGACCCCUCCAAUUGUUCUGUGAACUUUCUGAUGUUUAGGUUCUCCUCUCAGCCAAAGUUCCUGUUGAGUAGUGAUUUAUUUUUGUUUAAUCUCUGUGUGUUGCAGUGUCAACUCAAUGAUAGCAAGAUUUUUUACUUUGUUGUUUACCAUUCCCUUCUUAUACAUCCAUCGUCUCCCCGCAUUAACACACAGAUGAACCUCUCCUGCCUCACCACACUGUGAUUUAUUAGCAGUUGAGCCCAUUCAGCAUUUGGCUGAAAUUAAGCAUAACCUGAAGUCAAAUUAGAAUGUUAAUGCCUUUUUCAAUUAGUAAUACAUAUAAUUAGCAUAUUUUUAUAGUUAUGCUACCCAGCAAGUAUUCAAAGGGUUUUAUUUAUGAAGAACUAGGGGAAAUAUCCUUGAGCAAACUUAAACUGACUAAGCAAAAUGUACAUGAAACUUAAGAAUGAUUCAGAAAAAAAAUUUUGUUUCAUUAAAAUGUUUUUUUUUUUUCAAUAUGCAAAUUGACAUUGGUGCAGAAACACAGCAUGUGAUUGAGCUUUUGCAUCUCUUAAUGGAUUUAGCAGUGUUCACCACUUUAGGUGAAGACAUCCUGUUUUAAUUUUUUUCUGUGUUAGUAGGGUAGAGUGAGUUUGGACUUGCUCAGCUGUAGUGUGGACAUGCAAUAAUGUUUUUUUGUUUUUUUUUUCUCGAUCUAUUUAAAGUGUAAAAUCUUGAAUUGUAUUUAUGUAUUCAUACUUUGUAAUGUAAGUAAUAACAAAUAACAUGCACUUGAUUGUUCAUACAUGUUUAAGAUGCUUUUUAUUCACUCUUAUUUUGGUAGAGCCAAACAUACUUUCAUCUGUAAGAUAAUGUCAUGGGAAUAAUAAUAAAUUAAAUGUCAUUCCAAGAAAUGACAGCUUUGUCAUUAAUGUCUUUGAGGUCUAGAUUUUGACUUUAGGCUUUUUUAAAACUCAGGACUUUUAGACUUUGGAAGACAGGGAGCGGCGAUUGGCAUUUUGCCUGGAGGAGGAUUGUGGCUGAACUGGUAUUUACCCACCUCUAAAAAAAAAACAGAAAAUGGCAUAAUACAUAUCAAAUUCAGUGAAUGUUAACACACCUUAAUUUCAAAUGAGCAGUGCUUCACUGCUCAGAUCUGAGGGACUGGGAGU